CCCUACAAAAAUCAGAUUCCCGAAGCCGUUUCUCCUUUUGGAGAGGAAUGGGCACGCUGCCAGGAGGUCAGAGCUCCUUAAAAUGGCCGAGUAGAACUAGCCAAGGACAAGUCAUUUUUUUUUUUUAUGCUGAUAAAAAAAUAUAUAUGAGUCGGAUUUACCUGCAGAGCGGCUGGCUCGAGGUGCCGUGGGGAGACGGCGAUUUAGGUUCCUGGGCAGACCGCUCACCACUCCACGAGGCGGCGAGUCAAGGCCGCCUCCUCGCCCUGCGGACUCUGUUGUCACAGGGCUACAACGUAAACGCAGUAACGCUAGACCAUGUCACCCCCUUGCAUGAAGCCUGCCUCGGCGAUCAUGUGGCGUGCGCCCGGACCCUUCUGGAAGCUGGAGCUAACGUCAACGCAAUCACCAUAGACGGCGUGACCCCCUUGUUCAACGCCUGCUCCCGGGGCGGCGCGAGCUGCGCGGAGCUCCUGCUGGAGUUCGGGGCGAAGCCGCAGCUGGAGGCCUGCCUGCCGUCCCCCACGCACGAGGCCGCCAGCAGAGGUCACCACGAGUGUCUGCAGAUACUGAUCUCCUGGGGCAUAGACGUUGACCAAGACAUUCCUCACCUGGGGACUCCUCUGUACGCGGCGUGUGUGUCUCAGCAGUUCCACUGCAUUCGGAAGCUUCUGUAUGCUGGCGCAGACGUUCAGAAAGGCAAAUACUGGGAUACACCGUUACAUGCUGCUGCUCAACAGUCCAGCACAGAAAUUGUCAACUUGCUGCUCGAGUUCGGGGCGGACAUCAAUGCCAAAAACACAGAGCUCCUCCGGCCAGUAGAUGUCGCCACCUCUAGCAGUCUGGUGGAGCGAUUGUUGCUUCAGCAGGAAGCCACGCCCAGCUCCCUCUGCCAGCUCUGCCGUCUCUGCAUCAGGAACUGCAUCGGAAGACCGCGCCUGCAUCUCAUCCCGCAGCUCCAGCUGCCCACGUUACUGCACAAUUUCCUCCAGUACCGAUAAAGCAGCAAAAUAAGUCUUGGUGUUUAGAAGAUCAAAAAUUUCCCCCUCAUCUGCACAGUGCAUAUUUCAUAUUAAAAUAUGCUAAGGAUAGGGUAGGAGUGAGCGUGACAACUCCCAGGGACGCAGUGGAAUAUCGAUCUUAUUUUUAAGUGUACUAGUGGGUACUAUUGUUUUAUGCGUUGUUAUUGUUUUCAGACAUAGCAUAUUUAAAAUAUCUCUAUAUUAUUAUUCCCAUAGGCCCUUUUGUUGACUUAGAAAAAAGGCGAGACAUUCUCCAUUUUAUGUUUUUUAGAGUGAAAAGGAAAAAUGUGAAACUCUAACAAAAUUUAUUCACAUAUUGUAUUUUGGAAGGUCUGUUUUCUUCAAAUAAUGCAUUAACUUUUCCAUUUUGGUCAUUGUAAUUGGUUCUCUGUAUUUUUUAUAUUAAGACAAACUAUGAGUAUGGUUUAGAAAAGAGCAGCUAGUAUCCGUCUUGAAAUAAAGACGACCCAUUCGGGAAGUCACCCUGCUGCAUGUGCACUGUCUGUAAGAAUUCAUGGAGAAGAGAUCAACUGCCCCCUCCUCGCAGAGAUCUCACCAGUCACCCCUCGGCCUUCAGUGGACCUCGGCCAGACGGAAAGUUAUCGGUGCUGGCCCCUCGCCCCGAGGCCAGUACAUCGUGCACCUGCUCAGGCUAUUUUAAGGCGUCUCCUCAAGGGUGGCCUCCGAGGUCUCCCUUCAGCACCUUCACACAUCCUCCAGCCUUCUCCUGUUUCAGAAACUGCCAGCAGAGGUGCUACCUGGACUGAGGACAGUGGAUUCAUAUCUACCUGAUGGAGAGGCCCUGGCCUACCCCAGGGAUCAGGGCAGCCCAAGGCUGGAGGAAAUGGAAGAUCAAAAGCUCUUUAAAUUGUGGGGUGCCUCUUAGCAAACUUAGAGACCUUAAAAAAUGUACCCCGUGUGUAGACACUGACAGUGGUGUGUCUCAUUCCUCUACACAGGCCAGGGUUCAGCCAACACUGAGUCAGCAAGAGAGUUGGAUCCAAGGAGAGAGUCCCCAAACAGCGCCCUCUGCAGGGUUAAUGCUGUGUUUACUCUCUUCUGCUUUAACUGUGCCGGGGGCUAUGAAACAUCACAGAAGCAGGUUAUGGCCCCUUCAUAACUAAGCCAGAUUUGAGUCUAUUGUGGAUUUAGAAAUAAGAUAAUCAGGAUACUUACAACUCUGUAAAGUAGAAGAAAAUAUUCUGAUGAGUUUUUUAAAUUUAUCAGAUUUUGAUAAAAUAAUGUGACCACUAUUUUAAUAACUCAGAGGCCUAUUUUACUUUCUUCUUAGUUCUUGGCCGACUUCCAGAGACCCAUGGGAAUUAAACUAUUAUUGUAGGUAAUUCCAAAGUCACUAAGGUUGCAUUUAAAAAAAUCAUUUGUUUAGAUUUUCAAAAAUAGAAAUAAGGCUGUAGCAUCUUUGUUAAAAUAUGUUUCCUAUGUGGCUACAGACUUUAAAUGCAUCUGUCUUACUGAAAUAUCUCUAAAAAAGUUUGUAAUGUCCUCAUAGAUAUUUUUGAUUGUACAGUAACCUCAUUAAAUAUAAUUAGGUAUUAAAACUGAUUUUUAGUAAAAAAUAUUUCUACUGUAUCUUUCCUGAGUUAGAGGUAUCCUCAGAAUGUGGGAGUAAACACACAUCUCCCUUCCUUGGUCUUGUGCCACUAAGUGAAAUAAACAUCAAAUAUUAACAUGAAAACUGGCCUUUAACAUUUUUGAAUGCUGGUACCUUGUAUCUUAGCUUGAGUGUGGCUGUCUUAUCAAAGAACUGUUCCAAUUUAAAUAUAUCAUAUGUUUGUAAUGUAGUAAAGUGUGAUUAUCCCUGGAAUAAAACCCCUUUUCUGUUCUAA